AUGUUAGCUUUUGUUGUGGUAGUGGUCGGGGCCCAAAGAUCAGGGGCCCGGGGGCGUGGCCUAAAUAUGGCGGGUCUCGACACUGGUUAUCUCGUAGCAGCGAUUAGAAAACUGCGGCGUGUGCUCCGAAGGCAACAGGACGACCAGCAGCGCCCAGAAUCACGUCCCGCAAGCAGUGUGCUCAACCAGCGGGAUGACCAGCGUCACGACGGUCGCCUUUGCCCAACCAUUCAGGGCAAUGGCGGAAAACCGGGACUUACCGGUGUCCCUUCUGCCCGUACUCCACCACCCAGGCGGUUCUGCGCUCCCACAUUCGCACGCACACGGGGGAAAAGCCGUACGCGUGUCCCGGGUUUCCCCUUUCCGCUGCGCGACCAAGAGAAAACCUCACGCUGCACAUCCGAUCUCUACCGGGAAAAGCCUUUUCCCGUGUCCAUACUGUCCUUUCCGGGCAGCCGGGUCAGCAGCAACCUGAAAAUACACAUCAGGUCCCACACUGGGGAGAGGGCUUACAGCUGCUCCCUUUGCGACGCCUCAUUCACGCACGCAAGUCACCUCAAGAGGCACAUGAAGAUCCACGCGUGA